GAGAGCAACAGCACUCUUGAUUUGCCCCGCUGUUGACUCAACCCGUUCCCCGUUCUCCAUCCACCUCUUUGGGCUCUCGUCCGGGACCAAGGCGGCCAUCGAAUCUAUUAUUCUCAUCGUCUAAAACGCGUCGUUUUAUUAUAUGCGUGCUCUCGCUGUGCAUCGCGCGCCCCAGCACCGUCCUCUGGGCUGCAACUGUUGUCCGGAACGAUAAAACGCCUCGCAAAACCUUUUUUCUCAGCAGUCCACUUGAAUCCACAGCGUCUUCGGCAUUGACAAUCGCACUUGCGGUGCUCGAAUCUAUUUUAUCAAUACACCCGGCAUCGCUCGUAUAAUGAAUCCAUUGAAUAUCAACACGGGCAAGUCCCUAUCUGCAGCACCUAGUUACUCGCAGCCUAUUUCUCAGGGCCCUGCGUCCCAAAACAGCGACUUUUCUAGACGAGCCGGUCCCGUCGCCACGGGCCAGACGCAAGCUCAGGCCAUCCCCAGGAAGAACCAAGGCUCACGAAAGCAACAUAGAAAUCAGAGAAGAGCUGGCGAUGGUGAUAGAUCAUUCCCAAUGCUUGACAACGAAGAUUCACUCGCGGAGCUGCGCGCUAUCCGAAAUCCCAACAGCCGACGGGGCCAGACAUCCAUCACCCAUUUGCUAAACUUUUCGACCCCAAGACCUCAUUAUGAACAUACACACGUCUCAAGGUCAUAUAGACGACCUCCAAACGGAAAUACAGGCAGCAGUGGAAGUGGCCAGUAUGUUGUGGACAAGGCACGAUUUGUGCAUGCCAACUACCGCUUCGUUGUGUCUCCCGAAGGCUCGUAUGCCAAGCAAGGAGCUGAUUCAGAUCUGUAUCUCAAUUGGACCGACGUCAUGCAAGUCAUAGCAUCGACGGAAUCACAGGCUGCCUCUUGCCCCAUUUGUCUUUCGGACCCCGUGGCGCCUCGGAUGGCUCGUUGCGGCCACAUCUUUUGCCUGCCAUGUAUUAUCAGAUUUAUGAACUCCACUGCGAGCGAGGAUGAAGCCAAAUCUGGCAAAGGAGCACGAUGGAAGAAAUGCCCCAUUUGUGAGGACGUCGUCUAUCUGCAUGAAGUCCGCCCGCUCCGCUUCUAUGCUGGACAAGAAACUCGCCUGCCUCGAGUUGGCGAUGAUGUCGUACUGCGAUUGAUGUCACGAAGAGCCGAUUCAACGCUUGCCUUGCCCAAGGAAUCAUCUGGUGACACUGCUGGUACAGAUGGGGAUGUCCCUUGGCACUUUGCUGCCAACGUUCUGGAUUAUGCCCGUAUCAUGAAAGGCAGCCGCGAAUAUAUGGAAGAGCAAUUUGAUGGUGAAGUGGAGGAGUUGCUCAAGCAAGAGAAAGAAGACGAAGUCCUGUACGGACUGGAUUCAGAAUGGUCUCAAAAGGCUGUCCGAGCAAUUAUGGCCAAUCGAGAAAAAAUCGCCGACCUACAGGCCAUGGCUCAAGCAGCGACUUCCUCCCAGCGUGGUUCCAACAAGGAGCCUUCUGAGAACGACUUUUAUUUUUACAGCGCACCGCCUCACCUUUAUCUCUCCCCACUCGACAUCCGCAUUCUCAAAACAAAAUACGGCUCAUUUUCUUCCUUCCCAUCUACUCUGUUGCCUCGUGUCGAGCACAUCUCUACAGGUCAUGCUGUAGAUGACAAUGUUCGCAAGAGAGCUAAAUACCUUGGCCACCUACCCCAUGGAUGCCUCAUUAGCUUUUUAGAGUGCGACUGGACCGACAUUGUACCCGCUGAAGUUCUCGAGUCGUUUUCGGAAGAGAUUGCCAAGCGACGCAAGCGAAACCGCGACAAGGCUGCACAAGAAGAACGGGAGAAGGUAGAUGCAGAGCGUGUUGAGGCCGCCGCACUGUGCGGUGCAAUGACGAUUCGCCCAUCAGCCGAAUUCGUGCAGGACGAUACACCACCCGGCCUAGACCUCUCUGAAUUCCAACCACUCAAUUCUACACCUCCAGAAAAUCGGACAGGGUUUAAUACGCUGGCUUCCAUGUCGACGAGCCCUUCAAACUACAAGACGGUUUGGGGUACGCAGGCUGUUCCGGCAUCUCCAGACUUGAGCGCAGCCGACGGGAAUAAUCGUGAUGAUGGAUGGCUGAAGGAUAACGAGUUCCUUGAAACAUCAGAGCUCGCUCUACAGCUCGAUGCCAUUAUCGAUGCCAGCGAAAGCUCAUCGAGCGCAGCGCGAAUUGUACCCAACACAGGCAACAAGAAAAAGAAGAAGCAAAAGAUUACUCUCAUGAGCACUGGAGGGCGCAGAGGUUUGUAGAGUGCGUAUCAUAUCAUUCGAAUCACUUUGAGCGGCGUUUUGGAAGGGCGCCAUUGUAUUUUGUACCGUUAUUUGAUCUCACUAUUAGGGGAUUAGCAUUUAAAAGGCUCUGAGGCCCGGCUUACUUCCCAACAUGUCUUCUUUUCUUCUGCUAAUGGCUGCAUCCUUCACCAGCGUUUUAUUAGUUUACUUUGCAUAGAAACCGGUUACAUAUCUCGUUGCACAAUCUAUUUAUCGGUAUACAUAACAAUCCAAUUUAUAUAUUUUUACUCUUUGGGCAUACCUUAUCCAAGUGACAAUCUACAAUUAAUACAGCCAAGGUACAGUGGUCGUCUCUGUGCUAGCGCUAG